AUGCACGAGGCCUCAGCCUCCCCAGAUCCCGACUCUCCUAGGGAAGAGGAGGAGGCACCACUGCUCCCCAGAGCCCACCUGCAGGCAGGGCCACACCGACAGAGGCGCUGGACUCUCCCUGAGCCAGCAACCCUGGCCCCGGGCAGAGCUGCCCCUCCUGAGACCCUGGAGGACACUCCCUUGCUGCUGGAGCUGCAGAAGCUGCCAGUAUUGGCCAACACAGACUUGAGUACCCCGAACCCCAAUAUCCAGGUAACCAUCGAGGUGGUAGAGGACCCCCAGGCUGAGGCGGAAAUGGACCUGUUGGCUGAACCCAGCAGUCGCUGGCCCCAGAGCUCUCCUAGCUGGCUGGCCACCAAAGAGCUCUUCUGGCCCCUCUUCUGGGGCUAUGUGGAGGGCGAGGAUGGGGACACUGGUCUCAAGAACAGAGCCCCAGGAGAAGAGGAGGAGGAGGAGGAUUACCCUGCAGAGUACAGUGAGGGUGAGGACCAGGAGGCCAACGAGGAGGAAGAUGAGGAUGAGGAGGAGGAGCCUUGGUCUGGUGGGGCCACAGAUGGCAGGGACCAGGGCUGGCUGGCCCCCAGGGACUGGGCCUUCAAGGAGCCAGACAGCUACGACUAUGAGCCUCAGGAAGAGUGGAGCCCCUGGUCUCCCUGCAAUGGGAGCUGCGGCAACAGCAGCCAACGGAGGACUCGGCCCUGCGGCUACGCCUGCACUGCCAUCGAGUCCCGUGCCUGCAACCUGCCCCUUUGUGCUGGCACCAAGGAUGAGGACACCUUGGGCUUCCCCGGUGAGGGGUGGCGGCCCCUGACCCACAAUGCUACGGACAUGCUUGGCCCAGAUGUGGACAGCUGUGAGAAGUGGCUGAACUGCAAGAGUGACUUCUUAGCCAAGUACCUGAGCCAGGUGCUACGGGACCUGCCCAGCUGCCCCUGUGCAUACCCGCUGGAGGCCGUGUACAGUGCUGUUAGCCUGCAGGACGAGCACCAGGGACGCAGCUUUCGGUGGAGGGACGCCAGUGGCCCACGCGAGCGCCUGGACGUUUACCAGCCCACAGCGCGCUUCUGCUUACGUUCCCUGCUGUCCGUGGAGAGCAGCACACUGGCUGCGCAGCACUGCUGCUACGAUGAGGGCAACCGGCUGCUGACCCGUGGCAAGGGCGCUGGGGCGCCCGACCUCAUCAGCACUGACUUCUCGCCUGAGCUACACUUCCAGGUUGACACGCUGCCCUGGAUCCUGUGUAAGGGGGACUGGAGCCGCUACCACGCUGCGAGGCCCCCCAACAAUGGCCGGGCCUGCACCGACAACCCCCCCGAGGAGGAGUACCUGGCCCAGUUGCAGGAGGCCAAGGAAUACUAA